AUGGCUUCAACUGCUCAAAGGAGAAUUGCAAAGGAGCUCCGAGACCUCUCUAAUAACCCCAUCGAGGGAAUCACUAUACAUCCUCAGGAGGAUAAUCUUGCUCACUGGGACGUCACAAUAACAGGGCCGCCUUCUAGCCCGUAUAAAGGAGGGCAUUUCAAGGCCACGAUUGACUUUCCGGGGAACUUUCCCUUCAAAGCACCUUCACUUGUAUUUGCGACCAAAGUCUACCAUCCCGGCAUCAACGAGCAAGGCGAAAUAUGUGUGCCAAUUCUGAGAGACGAGGCAAGCGUCACGAAAUCAGAUUUGGAAGAUUCUCACCCAUAUGCAGUGCUUAAUAUUGUCUACGAAAAGCUGGCCAACCCCUCGCCGGAUGACCCCUAUGAAGCAGACAUUGCCGCCCUAUUAAAGUCGGACGAGGCCAAGUUCAAGGCAACGGCAAAGGAAUGGACGAAGAAUCUCAGUGCGCACUUCAAAGCUGCCGGCCGUGCCCCCAACGUUCUGGAGAGCAAAAUUCGCUCGAAAUUAGCCCAGCAGAGAGCGUAUGGUGCAAAGGAGGAGACUAUUACUGAAGAAGAAGAAGACCUUAUGUUUGCUGCACUCUCCAGUAUCCAGACAAUUCGUCGCAGAGGGAACUCGUCGGCCACGGAUACCUCGCUCGACAUGCAGUAUCCGGAAAGCGUAUCUAGCUCAAAAGCAUCUGGCCCAUCCUCCGGAAGCUUGAUCAACGCAUUUCCAGACGCCCCCAUGCCACAGGAAACAUCAAUUUACCCAUUCGCUUCGCUCAGCUCACAUAGUUCAUCUUCCUCGCCCUCACGAAGACAUAGCAACAAUCUAUUCGGCUCCUCGCGUUUCCGAGACGCGGCGCAAAUGAAGGGUAACCAUCGACAGCGAAACCUCUCAACGUCUACCAACAGCCAGGAGAGUAUGCGUGCAGCAGAUGUUUCCGCUUCCUCGGACGUAGACUAUACAAGUGAUCUUCAAGAUGUACCUGAAGAGACGCCGUCUUCAUCAUCUGCUGCUUCUCCCAUUGAAACAAGCACAGAUCAACAAUUCAGCGACAAGGAUAAAACCCCAGUAGCCAAAAGCUCGAGGCUCCCCAUUCCAUCCAAAUUCCCCAACGGUACCCCUGUUACCCUUGCUCAAAUCCGCCGAAUGUCUAUUGCCUUGGAACGAGCCAUUUCAACAAUAGUGGAAAAUGACCCUGACGCAGAUGAAGAUGAGGAGAAAAUCUUAGCACCUCAUUCUGUGCCCCUGGGCGGAGGAUACCCAAACAGAAGGCCUCUCACGGCUGUGAGCGACCCUACCCAACAUAUCGAGCUCGACGAUUUAAACGCUGUUCUUGCCUUUUUCGCUCAAAACGAGAGGGCAAGAGAGUCGGGAGCCGUCGAGGAGGACGAAGAGGCCACCGUCGUCUCUCCGGCACCGGUGUCACGGAUGCCUGGUUAUGUUCCAGGAAUGGCGCGUCCGAUUUCCCCAAGAGACAUAUCCGGCCACGACUCGGAGGAUUACUCGACAACACCGCGUGCAACCUCGCCAGUGGCAAAUGGUCGAGGUCAUAGAGUCCUGUCUCCGAAACGCCAGACAAACAAUCGACCAUCGACGGCACCGACUCGGGUCGGAAUGACAAAUACGUCACACUCGGUGGAUUGGCGACACCAGGAGCCGGAAACCUCGUCCGGCCUGGAGCGCUCUUUCAGCGCAGGGCAACAGCAAUACAAUCGGAGAGCACCAGAAUAUGUGUCCAACCUGUCACGAAUGCGACCGGCUUCUCCACUCUCUCACAAUCCCCCUCAGACGAAUGGCCGUACCCUUACAUCUAGUGCUCACGACGCGAGCGUGCACCCUUCUACGUCCCAGCAGUCGAAUGCGGUGAACCAGGCCCGAGGAUACGGACACGAUGUCUACGACCGGAAUCCCAAUCAGCACCAGGAAGCAAGUGAUAUUACCAAAGGGUUACAAAGAGAGAAAUCUCUCACACGCUCAAUGAAUGGUCCGGCGUUACCAGACUCUCCAACGAUUGACCAAGAAGCCUUCCAGAGCUACUUCCCCAUUCCCGCAACUGGCAAUUGGAGCCUCCCUCCCCCACAAAACCCCGAAUCGUCUGUGAGCACUUCAAUUGCCGGCAUUUUCAUGCCUCAACCCUCGAGCCACCGGGCUGUUGUGCGGACGACCACGCCUGUCCCGCCCAGGUCGCAGACACCAAAUAAUAUCGCACGUUCUCCUAUCACCGGUAUUACAAACCCCAUAGAUCCUAUACAACGCUCGAGCACUCCCGUCUUACAACGCGCGGUUUCACCUGUUGCGCGGGUUGGUACUCCAAACUAUCUCGUUCAACGGUCGCCUACAUCAAACGGAUUCAACUUGGAUCAAGAUCAACGAGACUCUGCCAUCAGAAGAGCAAUAUCCCCUCGUCCCACUCCUUCUCACACCCCUUCUACCUCGUCCAUGUCUGCCCAUAACCCACUCCUCCAUUCAUCGCUCGGAAGUUCCUCGAGAAGUUCCAUCGACUCAAUUGGAUCGAGCUAUCACUCAUCCGAGGAAGGGGUAAAUGCAAAGUACAAGGAUGUUUCCGACUGGCUAUUUGAUCCAGAGUCAAAGGGACCCGUGUUUGUGGAUCCAAGGAAAGUCAAGGCACGAAACCGUGAGGACCAAGAUGGUAGCUCAAAAGGCGACUCGCAUAGCAAAGACGAUGUCUCGGAGUCGAUUGCUGAUCAAGAGGACGUCUUGCAGCUAUUAACUGGUUUAACGAAGAAGGAUCUUUCCAGUAUCCAGCAGAAACUCAUCUCGGCUGCUGUUGCCCGUGAGGCGGAGGAGGCGAUCCGCAUUUCCCAACGAAGACGAAGACCUUCUGUUCAAUCACGAGAAUUUGUGAAUAGCCCAACUCCCAAACCAGCUCCUGCUGCAUCUUCAGAAGUGACUGCUGCUCAGGCCACCCCUGUUUCGAUUGCUUCCACCAUCAAGCGAGUUCAAAGUCCUAUUAUAGAGGCCUCGCAACCGAUGACAUUGCCGGAGCACUCGUCACCCGUGGACGAACGACCAAAAGGUCCGCUGAUUGUGGCUCGACCGCCAGAUCACGAAGACGAGCCCCCAGUCGAUUAUACCGCCACAAAGGAGUUUGAGGUCCCAUCACCUUCCUUGACCCCUCCGCUCACCCAAACAACACCCGCGGUUGACCAAAGCCCAAGGGCCAAAGCGCUGGCCGAGGCGCUAUUCGGAAAUGAAAAGCUGUCGCCCGCCCCGACUCCUCUCCGUAAUCAACCGAGUGCUGAAGACAUCGAGGAUGAGAUUGUUAAACGGGCAAUGGCAGCAACGGCCGCGCUCAAGAGCCCUGCGCUGUCGCAAGAUGGCAACUCGCCUCUGAGGAGAAAGUCGACAAAGCGCAUUGACCUGCAAAAGAUUUCUGGGCCGCAGCUUGUAUCGGCGUCGAUGAGUGUGGAUGCAAUCCCACUUGCGUCGGCAUCUGUAACUUCUUUGGCUCAUGGUCAGUCGCCACUGGAUAGCCCCAAGGGUGGGACAAAACUAGGGGACCGUCUCCGACGACUACGAGGAAGUCUGAAGCACAAGCCACAGGCCUCGACCCACACACGAGAUGCUUCAGCUUCAUCAGUCAUUCACGAACCAUCGUCUAGUGGUUUGUCGCAAAUUGUCGAGUAUGAUCCUCAGACACUUCAGACGCCACAAAUUCGCAGCGUACCCUCAAAUGCCAGAGGGCCUCAGGCUCAGGUAGGCUCGAAGAGGCCGAUGAAUUCUCCUAGUGUAGUUUCACCUCCUGCUUCCGCGGGUUCAGCAGGGCUCAAGGGCAUCAUGGCUCGGCUCCGACCCAAAGGCGGACCAAGAAAGGAGGAUGGCACACUCCACCCGACAGGCUCAAAUCCGUCCGCCUUGCUCUCGGCUUCACAACUUCAUGACGUCGAAUCGUCAUCUCAGAGUGCUUCCUCUCAUCUGGCACAGCCCGUAUCGCCACAUUUCAUGGCCAUCGGCUCGCCUUCCGAAGUCCACUCUUCGAGUGCUAGUGCACAUGGUCAAGACGAAGAGACCCUCAGGAGGCAGCUUCUGCGUAUGGGACGCAAUCUCGGCCUGGACGAAGAGGCGCUCAAUGCGCUCAUCUUGCAGGCGAUGUCACAAAAGGCAAAACCCACCACUGCACCGGACGGGCGCAUAGACGAUGCUGUUCAUACAAACGGCGACCCUCCUCUUACAGGAACAGCUAUCUCAACACUCACCAGACAGGCCAGUAAUCGGGUAAAGAUAGAAGCGGUACCAAGAUCGCGCCCUGCACAAGAGGGUACCAAUCAGCAGGGUGCAGUUGUGAGGCGUACAAUCAUCUAUCCAUCCGCAUCUCCGCUCCCACCCUCAACGUCUCCGCUUCCUGGACAAACGCGCGGGAACAGCAUUUUUCGAAAGCUUUCAUCUGCAUCGAGGAAGCGCCCGAUCAGUAUGCAGUCACAGUACUCUGGAAAGUCUGUCCAUGAUCGCAUUCCAACGCCGCCACCUCCGCGCCACGCUCGACGGGUUUCCGAAGAUGGACUGCACCCACUGCCUGGGUCAAGUUAUGCAUCGAAUGGCCGCCCAGGGACCUCGGCUGGGAUAGUCUACGAUGGCGCGUCCGGCCUCGGUAGAAAGUCGAUGGAUAUUCCCGAGGGAGGUCUAGAGCAAGGGAUCGUCGAAGACGGUCGAGCGCUUCAAGUGGUCGAGUUUGAGAAUGGUGAGGUGAUUUGGUCCGUCUUGGAUACGCUUCGAUCGCCAAGCGAAGGAUUGGAAGAGGACUAUUCAUACAACCAUUUUCCGAGUCGGGCGUCGUUUUCGUCACAUGCUUCUGGAGCGGACGAAAUUUCCCAAAACGGGUACAGAAACGCGUCUCGGAGCGUGUCUCGCACGGAAAGCAGUGGCCAGACGGGCUCUCGUUUUGGGGAUGGAUCGUCGCCGCCGGAAACCAAGGUUGUUUACAGUGAUGCGCGAGAGGUCAGGCAUUUGAUUGGACAAUUGACGAGUGCGGCCGAGUACGGCUCCCCGGGAACGGAUACUCCGGCGUCUGCAUAUAGCUCGGACGGUCUUCCUGUUGAAGAACAGCUGGAAAGACUGUUGCAACGAAUCUCGUAG